AUGUUUAAACCAAAAAGUUAGAAAGAUCAAUAAUAACAGCCAUUUUAUUUGAGUUGGUUUACAAAUUAGGGGUACUUUAAAUUGAUUGGUAAUUCAGUUUAGUGAAAACCUAAAGCGGGGAGGAACUGCACCAAAUUAAUCUCGAAAGGAAAAAAUGCCUUUAAAAAGUCCAUAUUAACAACCUUUGAUUACUGUAGUACACAAUGUUCCAAACCCAUACUUGAAAACUAUGUGAGAAGUGUUUUCAUUAAUAUAGAUCAUAGCCAAAAAGUUAAUAAAAUAAUAUCCAGCAGAUUUCUAAGAUUUACGCAGGUCAGUUUUAAAGCACUGUUAAAAGAAGAAGUCUUGAAAAGCGUUAUGAUGAUGGCCCAAAGAGUGGAAGAGGGUCAUUUAAACCAUCUAGGACAUUCACUUAGCAAAUUUCAAGACCCUUUCGAUUUUCUGAGUAGUAACAGAGUAGACCCUAAACUCAAUAAAUAAAUACUUUGGAACCCAAGUUAAAUUUUGAGAAUUUGUAAGCUGACAAUUCAGAUGAUGAACAAUACACUCCUAGAGAAUAGGAGGAUAUUGAAAUAGUAGAUAUGGACAAUAAUGAUGAUUACUCAAAUAAAUCAAAUGAAGCUGAUAGUGAUGACAAUUAAAACCUUUAAUUACCUACUUAAAACUAAGAAGAGAAGGAAAUUCAAAAGAAUGUCUCUUACGUACAUAAAUAACCUGAAGAACCAAUUGCAAGCAUGAGAAAAGCAACUGCUGGUCUAAAUAGACCCCAAACAUCUGAAGGUGUAAGAAGGAAAAGAUUCAUGAAUUCAGAUAAAAAUGACUCAAAACAUGCCUUUGAAACUAAGCAAUCAGAUUUUGGGCUCUUAGAUUACGAACCCAAUGUUAUCUAAGAGGAUUACUUAGAGAAUCAAGAAAUAAUUCCAAUUAACUUGAAUUAACUGAAUUCUCCUAAAGUAUGAAUUUUCUUUUAUUUUAUAAUGAAGGAAUUGCUCUCCAUACGUUCUGGAUAAAGGAAAAAGUAGACAGAGUAAAUUUAGAUUGAUAAUUUUGAUAAGAAUGAAAGACCUCCUUCAAGACACAAAACACCUCCAAAGGCGACUGGACUAGAAUUGCCCAUUCAAUCUGGCAACUAGAAUUUCGAUAGGGAUGGCAUUGAAAUCCCUAUCAAGAAUAUGUAUGCUCAAAUUGAUGAAAUAUGUAAUGCUUCUCAAUAUUGUUUAAGCCAACUAGAAUAAUAAUGUGGCAAUAAUUAAGGAUAAUGAUGAAUUUGAUGAUUUCGAUUUAGGGUUCUUUAAAAUGAAUAAUCAAGUUAAUUUAAACAAGUUUCAUUAGAGAGAUGGAUAUCGAACUGAUGAUGGAAGUAAGUAAUUCUUUUUAACAAAGAAAAACAAGCUUCAGGGUAAAAGCAUCCUUAAUCUGCUAACUUAAAGUAUAAUGGACUGGGAUUCUAAAAUAUCUCAUACUCUCCUAUAAACAAUCAGAUUACUUCUGCUCAUGGAUUCAGAGCCAACGAAGAAUAAAUAGUUAUCAAAUAUAAUUCUAAAUCAGCCCUAAAUAAGAACUAGAACAACUAACCAGUCAAAGUACCAUUUCAAACUUCAUUGGGAUAAGAUUUCCUAAGAUUAUUUGCUAAUGAUUGAAUCCA